AGUGAACCCAAGAAAAAGAUGCCUCACAAGAAAAACGGGGAUACCGGACAGGUAAAUAUGUACUGUAAACAUGGUAGCUAGCUAAUGCUGGACUUCAACUGGCAACGGGACAGGGCUAUAGACUGACUCUCUGUCAUAUUGAUGUCCUGCUCUCCCAUACAGAUGGGAAGACUACCAGGCAGUAGGGAAAAGGAUACCUGGGACACGGUUCAUCUCGUUUAAAGUCCCUUGAAACAGGUACGGCUAACUAAGUCAGAGUGUUUGUGUGUGUUCAGUAGUUCUUGAGGGGUUUGUGUAAAAUGGGUAUUGGAGUGUUAGUAGUUAGUAACACUGUUGUGUGUGUGUGGUGUGUGUGUGUGUGUGUUUUGUGUGUUGUGUGUGUGGUGUGUGUGUUUCCAGUCCCUGUGUCGUCGUGUGGAGCGUUCUGAGGUGUUUGGUCCGUGGGAGCUGAUGCAGAUUCUGGAGAAAGACGGACAGGAACUGGGGACUGAUCAUAGACCUCACUUUUACAAAAACGCUACUACAAUCCUGAGGUAUACACACAAGCAAACCCCCCCCUCCCCCCCACACACACUGACUGUGUAUAGUGUAGUAUCUGAUCUGAUGUGUGUGUGUGUGUGUGUGUGUGUGUGUAGGACCUUCCAGACUCUGUGUUCUACCUGAAAAUCUUCACAGCAGGUCAUGAAGUUCCCAGCGAUCCCACAAUCCUUAGCUUCAAACGUGCCGUCUGCAGGUUCCUACAAGACAACGUACACAAUGGUCAGUCAUUUACAUUUUAGUCAUUUAGCAGAUGUUCUUAUCCAGCGACUUAAACAGUUUGUGUGCAUUAAUACUGUAGCUAGGUGGGACAGCCACAUAUCACAGUCAUUGUAAGUACAUUUUUCCUCAAAGUAGCUAUCAGCAAAGUCAGAGCUAGUAAGCGGGAAGAAAGUCAAAUGUGAGUGUUAGUUCAUGAAAGGGAUUAUUUAAGAUGGUCUUCGACGAGGUAGGGUUUCAGAUGUUUUACGGAUGAUGGGCAGGGACUCUGCUGUCCUAGCUUCAGGGGGAAGCUGGUUCCACCAUUGGGCUGCCAGGACAGAGAAAAGCUUGAACUUGGCAGAACUCGGGUUGGGGUGUAAGGCUUGAGCAUAGCCUGAAGGUAGGGAGGUGCAGUUCCUCUUGUUGCUCCGUAGGCUAGCACCAUGGUCUUGUAGUGGAGGUAAGCUUCGACUGGAAGCCAUUGGAGUGUGCGGAGGAGGGGGUGACAUGGGAGAAUUUGGGAAGGUGUGACACACACAGCCACCCUCACAGGUGAUUAGUGUAACUGAUUAGUUCAUCAUCAACACAUCAGCAGGAAGGCAAGAUUAUGUUAAAAAACGUUUUUAUUAUUUUUCUCUUUCACAGAUAAGCUGAUCGGAGUGCACUGUACUCAUGGUCUCAACAGGACAGGCUACUUGGUCUGUAGGAAAGGGAGUGUUUAGCAGAUUUUGUGGGUGUCUGGUAGAUUCUAGUACAUGUGGUAGAUGUGCUUACAGUAUAAAACCGGCCCUUCUCUUUCAAAUCAAAUUUUAUUGGUCACAUACACAUAUUUAGCAGAUGUUAUUGCGGGUUGUAGAGAAAUGCUUGUGUUCCAAGCUCCAACAGUCAGUAGUAUCUAACAAUUCACAACAAUACACAAAUUUAAAAGUAAAAUAAUGGAAUAAGAAAUACAGUACCAGUCAAAAGUCUGGAGACACCUACUCAAAAUAUAUUUUAGAUUGAGAUUCUUCAAAGUAACCACCCUUUGCCUUGAUGACAGCUUUGCACAUCUUGGCAUUCUCUCAAACAGCUUCAUGAGGUAGUCACCUAGAAUGCAUUUCAAUUAACAGGUGUGCCUUUAAAAGUUCAUUUGUGGAAUUUCUUCCUUAAUGCAUUUUAGCCAAUCAGUUGUGCUGUGACAAGGUAGGGUUGGUAUACAGAAGAUAGCCCUAUUUGGUAAAAGACCAAGACCAUAUUAUGGCAAGAACAGCUCAAUUAAGCAAAGAGAAACGACAGUCCAUCAUUACUUUAAGACAUGAAGGUCAGUCAAACCGGAAAAUUUUAAGAACUUGAACGUUUCUUCAAGUGCAGUCGCAAAAACCAUCAAGUGCUAUGAUGAAACUGGCUCUCAUGAGGACCGCCACAGGAAAGGAAGACCCAGAGUUACCUCUGCUGCAGAGAUAAGUUCAUUAGAGUUACCAGCCUCAGAUUGCAGCCCAAAUAAAUGCUUCACAGAGUUCAAGAAACAGCCACAUCUUCAACAUCAACUGUUCAGAGGGGACCGUGUGAAUCAGGCCUUCAUGGUCGAAUUUCUGCAAAGAAACCACUACUAAAGGACAUCAAUAUAAGAAGAGAUGCUGGGCCAAGAAACACGCGCAAUGGACAUUAGACCGGUGGAAAUCUGUCCUUUGGUCUGAUGAGUCCAAAUUUGAGAUUUUUGGUUCCAACCGCCUUGUCUUUGUGAGACGCAGAGUAGGUGAACGGAUGAUCUCUGCAUGGUGUGUUCCCACCAUGAAGCAUGAAGCAUGGAGGAGGAGGUGUGGGGGUGCUUUGCUGGUGACACUGUCUGUGAUUUAUUUAGAAUUGAGGCACACUUAACCAACAUGGCUACCACAGCAUUCUGCAGCGAUACGCCAUCCAUCUGGUUUGCACUUAAUGGGACUAUAAUUUGUUUUCAAGGACCAAUGACCCAACACACCUCCAGGCUGUGUAAGGGCUAUUUGACCAAGAAGGAGAGUGAUGGAGUGCUGCAUCAGAUGACCUGGCCUCGACAUUCACCUGACUUCAACCCAAUUGAGAUGGUUUGGGAUGAGUUGGACCGCAGAGUGAAGGAGAAGAAGCAGCCAACAAGUGCUCAGCAUAUGUGGAACUCCUUCAAGACUGUUGGAAAAUCAUUCCAGGUGAAGCUGGUUGAGACAAUGCCAAGAGUGUGCAAAGCUGUCAUCAAGGCAAGGGUGGCUACUUUGAAGAAUCUCAAAUAAAAAAGUUUGUUUAUACAGUUUUUUGGUUACUACAUGAUUCCAUAUGUGUUAUUGUGUUAUUCCAUAUGUGUUUUUCUUUAUUAAAAAUAAAGAAAAACCCUUGAAUGAGUAGGUGUGUCCAAACUUUUGACUGGUUAUGUACAUAAAUAUUAAGACGAGCAUGUCGUAGUGGCAUUGACUAAAAUACAGUAGAAUAGAAUACAGUAUAUACACAUGAGAUGAGUAAAGCAGUAUGUAAACAUUAUUAAAGUGACUAGUGUUCCAUUAUUAAAGUUGUCAGUGAUGUGUACGCCGAGGAACUUGAAGCUUUCCACCUUUUCUACUGCGGUUUCGUUGAUGUGGAUAGGGGCGUGCUCCCUCUGCUGUUUCCUGAAGUCCAUGAUCAUCUCCUUCGUUUUUUGACGUUGUCCUCAUUUCCUCUUCCCCCUUCUCUCACUUCUUUCUCUCUUUCCUCUACGUCUCUUCUCUCAGGUACUGAUAGAUGUAGAUGGGAUGGAUCCUAAAGAGGCUGUAGAGUGUGAGUACUUAACCUCCUUUUAAGAAUUGUGUGUGUGCACUUACACAUGGGUGUGUAAUGUUCUCUCCCUGUGUUAUUCCAGUGUUUAACUCUUCGCGUGGCCAACUCCAUAGAGAGAGCGAACUACCUGAAAGACCUACAGACUGGCCAAAGAGAAGGUCAUCUGUCUCUGUCUGUCUGUGUGUGUGUUGGUCAGUCGUUCUUUAUAUCUCUAUCGUUGUCUCAGUCCAUCAAUACUUUAUUGUAUCCAUCCCUCUCUCCCUCCUCUGCAGUAAACUAUGGGAUGGAGAAAGUCGGAGCAGGAGCCAAUCAGAGGCCGCUCUGCCAGUCGGCAUGAAGAUAUUCCGGAUGGUCCUGCCUACCACCAUGACAGACAUUAUGACAGGCAUUACGACCACAACCACUCUGUGUAAGCACCCUGACCUCUAA